AUGAUACUAAGAAGCUCCAUGAAACGCCUAGAGCCCAUCGAACACCAAGACAAGUUUGACAGACUCAGGUCUCAACUCUACGGCCUGGAGCAUGUGGAGUUCAACUUAUCAACAGCGUUUGGGAAUGCAGUGGCAAUCUCUCAAUCCAGCGGCCAUCAGCUGAUAGGAAAGCAGACCUACGACUCCAUGAGAGCAGCAGAAAAGAAUUCGGAGAGGUUUGCCAAGCUGUUCAAGGGCAGCAUCGACAAGAUUCUUAUCGGCUCUUCUCAUCGUGAGAGAGACGCUGUUUGUCAGAGGCAGAUUGAAAGAACAGAUGUCUCUCUGAAGAGAUACAUCCGAGAGUUCAAGAAACAACAAAGCAAGCAUGCAGACGGAGGGGAAGAGAAGAAUCAUUCAACAAGCCGAGUGAGUAUCGUUUCCAACGUGAACGCAAUUCCAUUGCUCGAGCAGAAGAUCAUCGGAAGACAAGACUCGUCAGGAAACUUUCAAGCCUGGGAGGGACGAUCGAUAGGGGGGAGGCAGACGAAUAGAACUAAAGCCCAAUGGCAAUUCUAA